AUGCACUUCACCAAGCUCGCAACCCUCGCCCUCUCGGCCGUGGCCUCCGUCUCCGCCACCAACUUCCACAACUCCUUCGGCCACAACGGCUGGGUGCAGGACUCCACCGGCACCGAGGUCUACCUGGCCAACGGCGCCUCCGUGAACAUCGGCGGCGGCUGGGCGUUUUUCUGGGUUGACGCGGCUGUUUGCCCUGGAAAGGCGAACUCGGUGACUUAUGGCUGGCCUGCGAACUAUGGGGACGUUUAUAUCCGCACUGAUGGGCGUCUUUAUGAAGCUGGUGGGAGCCAGAUUUCGAACGGUGCCAAGGUCUGCUAG